UACGACCUCCCAAUAAACUUGAAGAUGAGGCGAAUUCUAGGUGAACACAUGCGACGAAACUAUCAGAACAAGUUCUACGCCAGGUAACAGAACCUCGUUCCUGUGUUGAAGAAAGCUUACGACGACGCUCUCAAGGACGUCGAUGUCCUCAUUAUGCCAACUCUUUCAAAAACGGCCGGGAACCUGCCAACUGCUAAAAGUACAGCUAAAGAGAGACUGGAGGCGUGUAUGGAAAUAUCUAAUAAUCUUGCCUCCUUCGACGCCACUGGUCAUCCUGCGCUCUCCCUAAACGCUGGUUUCUCUGACCAAGAUGGACUUCCCGUAGGAAUACAGAUUGUCGGCCGACUUAACGACGACCUUGGUGUACUUCAAAUGGCCUAUGCAAUCGAACGAAAUUAGAAUAGCAUUUGCUAUUUAGAUAAUCUGUAUUUUUGUUACCUAAAUUAGCUAAAAUUGAUAGAAGUAUUCAUUUAAAUGCAACUUGUGUUGAAGUAAUGUUAAAACAUGAAACAUACAUGACUAUACAGAAGUUCGAAAAUGCUACGGUAUGGUUUAGUUGUAUUGAAAGAAGUACCUUUGAUAUCAAACCCAAAAUAUGUGCAAAUAGGUCACUGGUUGGCUACACUUUAGUGCCAUUAUACUAUGAAGUGGUAUACAGCAGGCCAAUUAUUGUCCUGGAAUCUAAAAGAGAUGCGUAAAUAGGGAACCUAUUAGU